GGAAAAAGUGAAACAGAAGAAACGGAGAAGAACGGGAAAGAAAAGAAAAAAGAAGGUGAAACGGAGCAGAAAGUAAUAUGCUUUUCUUCUCACGACAUCUUAUUCAUUGAAACCCUUGCUCCAACAGAUUCGGCUCCAAUGGCGGAAGCAAGAGUUGAAAGCGCUGUGCCGCCGUUUGUCAAGUGGUGCAGCGACUUCUCCAGAGUGUUCCAGUACUACCUUGAUAGAUCGGUGCCUCAGCCGACGCUGAGGUGGGUGGGGACGCUUGCGGCGGUCCUGUUAUUCGCCUUGCGGAUUUACUAUGUCCAGGGGUUUUACGUCGUCUCCUACGGGCUCGGGAUCUACGUUCUGAAUCUGUUGAUUCAAUUCCUUUCCCCGAAGAUCGAUCCGGAGCUUGAGUCUCUUGAUGGAGCUUCUUUGCCGACCAAGACUUCCGAUGAAUUCAGGCCGUUUAUUCGCAGGCUUCCCGAGUUCAAGUUCUGGUACACCUUCACCAAGGCAGUUCUUGUUGCUUCAUUCUUGACCCUUUUCCCUGUGCUUGACGUACCUGUUUUCUGGCCGAUACUAGUGCUUUACUGGAUCGUUCUCUUUGUUCUCACAAUGAGAAAACAAGUCAUGCAUAUGAUCAAGUAUAAGUAUGUGCCGUUUGACUUUGGAAAGAAGGUUAGUGUUAGCGGGCUAAGUGCCUAAGUGCAUGUCUUGUUACAAAUUACACCUACCCUUAUUAUUUUAGUUCUCCAAGUUUGCUUUUUCUACCCGACUAAUCUGUGAUGUGUAAUGUCCUCUAUUCCCUGGAUGCUUGCAGAAGUAUACUGGGAACAAGCGUCCUGAAAUUAGCAGCAAGUCACGAGACUGACUAAAGCUACCAGAUGAGGGGAGAGCUCGGAUGUCAUCAGAGAUUUACACAACUGAGGAGCGGGGAUCUUUUUUUACUUACUGUAAGCUAGUGGUGUUCAGCAUGUUGGAAGCUGUUAUUGACUGCAACAUCUACUACUUUCCCCCACCCUCUAUUUUGUUACCGAAAAAAGAUCAGCUUUAGGAUGGUUCAUGAAAUAUGUACGUAGCUCAGAUUGAAUUGAAUACCUGUUGGAUGCUUCAUUGUGUUUCACCCUUGAACCCUCUUGAUAAGUAAUACCAACGUUUCUUGUUCUUCUU